AUGGCGACGACGACAACGACGACGACGACAACCACCUCCACGUCCGCCACCGCCACCACGACCACCAUCACCCGCGAGAAUGUCACGACCCUCUUUCCAGACGUGCACACUCGACUCAUCGGCGCCGACAUGGCACCCAACUCGACACCGGACGGAUUCUCGUCGUCGUCGUCCGGGUCCAACGACGACCUCGCGGGGUACGACGAAGAGCAGAUCCGGCUCAUGGACGAGGUGUGCAUCGUGCUCGACGAGAACGACGGGGUGCUGGGGUCGGCGUCCAAGAAGGCGUGCCACCUGAUGACCAACAUCCGGCAGGGCUUGCUGCACCGGGCGUUCUCGGCGUUCGUGUUCGACCCGCGCAGCAAGAAGCUGCUGCUGCAGCAGCGGGCGUCGGAGAAGAUCACGUUCCCGGACAUGUGGACCAACACGUGCUGCUCGCACCCGCUGGCGCACCCGUCCGAGACGGGCGCCGGCGACCUCGUCAGCAACGUCGAGGGCGCCAAGCGCGCCGCGGUGCGCAAGCUGAACCACGAGCUCGGCAUCCGCGCCGCCCAGGUGCCGCUGGAGGCCUUCCGCUUCCUCACCCGCAUCCACUACCUCGCGCCCUCGGACGGGAAAUGGGGCGAGCACGAGAUCGACUACAUCCUCUUCGUCGAGGCCGACGUCACCCUCGACGUCAACCCCAACGAGGUCCGCGACACCCGCUGGGUCGGCCGCGACGAGCUGCGCCAGAUGUUCGCCGACGUCGAGACCAACUCCGGCAGGGACAAGGACCUCAAGUACACCCCCUGGUUCCGCCUGAUCUGCGAGGGCAUGCUGUUCGACUGGUGGGAGAAGUUGGAGCAGGGCAAGUUGAGCGAAGUCGUCAACGAGUCCCAGAUAAGGAGGAUGUUAUGA